CCGGCGGGGAGGGCGCUGAGGGCCGGAGCGACGGGCGCUGCGCAGAGCCCGGCUUCCCGCUGCGGAGGGUGAAGGAGCCGAGCCCGGCCAGGCCAUGCCCGGCCCCCCGGCGCUGGGGGCGGCAGGCCCCGGCCCGGACCCGGAGGAGCGCUACGACUUCCUCUUCAAGCUGGUGCUGAUCGGGGACGCCAGCGUGGGCAAAACUUGCCUGGUGCAGCGCUUCAAAACCGGGGCCUUCGCCGAGCGCCAGGGCAGCACCAUCGGCGUGGACUUCACCAUGAAGAGCCUGGAGAUCCAGGGCAAGCGGGUCAAGUUGCAGAUCUGGGACACAGCAGGGCAGGAGAGAUUCCGAACCAUCACACAGAGCUACUACCGAAGCGCCAAUGGAGCAAUCCUAGCCUAUGACAUCAGCAAGAGAGGCUCUUUCCAGUCCAUUCCUCGCUGGAUUGAGGAUGUGAGGAAGUAUGCUGGUUCCAACAUAGUACAGUUACUGAUUGGAAACAAGUCUGACUUAAGUGACCUUCGAGAGGUUCAGCUGGAGGAGGCUCAGAAUCUGGCUGAACACUACGAUAUCAUUUGUGCCAUAGAAACAUCUGCGAAAGACUCCAGCAAUGUGGAGGAAGCUUUUGUGAAGAUGGCAACGGAGCUCAUGAUAAGGCAUGGAGGCCCCAUGUUCAAUGAGAAAAACACAGACAGCAUCAAACUUGACAGCAAAGACAUAGUAGAAGGCUGGGGGCCGUGCAGUUGCUGAUACAAGCUAGGUGGUAUCCCUGACUGUACUGGAAUUUAGAGGGAUAUCUCCCCCUAAGGCUGAGUAGCACAGUAGCUGUAUCCUCCUCCUGAGAGACCAGCAUUUUUGUAGAUGUUAGACACUAAUGCAAUCAAGAUUUUGUCUUUUACUUUUAAAAAGGGACUUUGUUGAGGUUUAGACCUGAAAGUUCAACCUUCCUUGACAUUUACUCUGCAUUUGCCCCAUUAUUUUCUUUGCUGCAACCUUCUCAGUAAGUUAUGAAUCUGAGGGAAGCAGCAUGGAUCUGUUUGUUGGAGGGCAGGGGAAGGUAACUACACAAGAAACCACCACAUACCAGAAGUCCUAAACCCUUCAGUAUGUGAUAGCUGGCAAAGGUAUAACUAUUUCUGCCUUUAGGUCAGUCAACCUUCAUAGAGUCUUUUUAAAUUCUCAGCAUUCCACCCAUGACCACAUACACCAGACAGGUUAGACAGUGACUGUGGCAAAGGUGUUUCAAGUAUCAAAAGCUUGAAUGUUUUGAACACAGGACCAAGCAGCAGUCCUCUGUCCAAGACACUGUACCACCAUGGAAGCGCUCUCCUUGAAAAUGAAAUGUGGCACAUGGACUGCUAAAUACUGUUGGUACAAGCCUAAGUGGGCUGUCUCACUGAUUUUUAAAAAAUCAUCAUUCAAAUAGUGAAAUCAGCCUGAGCAAUACCGAGUGCCUGCUUGUUUAGCCAGAUGAGUCAAUACAUUUUAAUGUUUCUUAAAUUCACUCUUGGAGAAGAGGGCUUUGAUUAUUUUAUUUGCUCAGUGAAUAGUUCCUUUUCCUACUUGGUGUCAUGGAGUUUUUACUCUCAGCUAUAUUCAUUUCAUUCCAUAACUCAAGAACAGCACCACUGGAAAUAAAAACUGGAGAAGCCUUGAACAGACUUUGCUAGCCAUGACUGACUUCGGAACGCUGUAGUAUGCCUAACUGGUCACAUACAAAGUUAGUUCCAAUCACAUGUGAUUAGCAUUGGUUUUUGUUGCCAGAGGUUUCAUUGCACAAGUGACUGUCCCAUUCUUUAACUACAGCCUGGGCAUUUGAUGGGACAAUGAACUUCAAAUUAGCUGAGGAUUGUAUGAAACAUGAUUUCUUGGCUAUAGGAACAUAUUGAGAUCUUUCUGAUUCCCUCUCUCACGAUCACAAGUUGCCAGUUGCUUUUCAUUUCUUGCAGAUCUUCACCAAGAAAAAUCUUUUUACUGUUGACCAAAAGUCUGCAUUAUUAACUAAAAUUGAUUUUAAUAACCCAGCUAAGUAGUUGGCUUAAAGAUGUAGCUCUUUAUUAGGAGCUUAUGUUGUGUCUGCAGUUAGUUCAUGGCGUCAGCACUUUCUAUCCCUGGAUUGACCCUCUCAAGCACCUUAUAAACAGGGAUUUACAAAAGGAACAGAAGCUGGAUUUUUUUAAAUCUACAUUUUUAAAGCCAAGGUUUUCAGAAUAGUGAUUUUGGGUGCCUGCCUCAAGAUAUUUUAAGAGCCUGAUUUUCAGAAGUACACAUCCUCAAAAAUCAGGUCCCCUUAAGGUGUUUCAGGUUGCUGCACCUAUUAAAAAAAAAAAAAUGAAGGCACCCAAAAUCAGUGGUUGUUUUUGAAAGUCUUAACCUAAAAGGAUAGGGUGUAUUUGGAUUAUUAUUAUUAUUACCAGGAAUACAGUUUAUGGCCAUUCCACACAUAGCAUGAAAGCCAAGAAACUAGGAAAAGGCUAAUUUCAUGGACCCUGUUUUAAAUGUUGAUUCAUCAGAAAAAUAAUUUUCCUGUGGAAAAUGUUGAACUAUUUUCUACUGAAGUAGUUGACUAAAGAAUUAUGUUUUGUAGACCAUUUGCUUGUAAUUUAAGAUAAACUUGACUUCAGAUUUUAUAGUUGUAAGAAUAAAGGGGCCUUAAAACAUUGUUAGUUUUUUAGUUUUCACAUUUCUAUUUUAUAUGGAAAUGCAAGGUGAGGCACAAAUAUAGUUUUUGGUUUUAAAUAGGGCAGUUUUCCAGUAUACGCCAGGGUCUCCUACAUCCAAAGGUAAGAGGCACUGAGUGCCCAGAAGUAACUAAACACUGGAGAUGAAGUUUUUCUAAAACUCCAGCCACCUAACUUAGUAUUGAUUACUAAACAGCAAACCCCCUACUCCAUCCCCAAAGAGGGGUUAAAAGUCAGUUUAAUCUAGAAAAGAGGUCUGAUUAAAACUACAAUUCAGUCUUGAAAUUUUUUCUAGUGAAAGGUACCAUAGCAAAUAUAUUUAAGAACCUCUCCUGUUUGUUGAUCAGCCUGAAUAGGCUGGGUAGAGUUAUUCUGUCUAUUUCUGAAGUGCUUACAGUAGAAAAGCUGACAAGGUCUUAAAGGAGAGAACACUUGCGACUUGUCAUAAGUUUUAGUGUACAUCUAUAAGCCCAAAUCCAACAAUUUGGUGUGCCAACACACGGACCUUUACAUCAAUCCACAGUCCCAUUAUUUGCAGGACUGGUGCCAAGUUACAUUCUUAAAACCAUGCUGGUAAAAAUUCAUGUGCAUGUAAAAACAAGAGUAUUGAAACUACUUAGAUCACAGCUGAUCUUCUGUAGCUUAGAUAAUGCAUUCUAGGCCGGAUGAGCUAUAUAUCUCAAGAGCCAGAAAGGACCUGGACCUUAUUCCCAUUGCACUCAGCAAAACUUUUGCCACUCACUAUAAAUGGAGGCAGAUUUGAGCCCAACAUGUUAAAGAAUAUAAGCAUGCGAGUUUCUUUAAUGUUGACCUAUGUUUAGCAACCGAAUAGAAAUAAAUCAAGCACUUUAUUUUUUUCUUAAUCCUUUCCCAUGGUUCACCUGCUGUUUCAACUGCAGGGUUGAAGUUUUAAGAAUCCACCUGCAGAGCUUAGUCUGCUUCAAAUCAGAAGUUAUUAUAAAACACAGUACCAGUUGUUUGUUUACUGGGCCUUCAAAUGAAGGAUAUGCUUUAGCUUCUCAGAUUUUCCUGUAAAGCUAUAGUCCCUUUAGUUUUAGAGCAGCUAUGUCUUCUCACUUAAAAAAACACAACACCCCAUAAUACAAGUUUGCAUUUCCUACCUAGCAAAAUGUCAGGGAAUAAAGAAAUGGAGAGAGGAACCUCAUUUAUCCAAAUCAGUUUGCCACAUAUCAGUCAACGGUACAGCAUUUGGGUUCAUAAUACACUGUUUCAACUAUCCCAGCAGCAUAUACCAUACACAUCACCUGAGUGUGAUAGUAAUGGUACAAUCCUCACUAGAUGCAUGGUUCUUUGUACUGAAAUAUAUUUAACUGUGAAAACAGAAUUUAUAUCUUUUUCAAUAAUCCCUUUUAUAGACUUUACUGUUUAGCUAGCCUUUGAUCGAUAAGUCAUAUCCAUAGCUAUGCAAUCUAAGUUGUAGGAGCUAAACCCUGCUUGCUUUAUUUUCAGUAAUCCCAUUGAAACCAAAAGAAGAAUUGCGCUAGAGGAGGGUGAGCAGGAUUUGGCCCUACAUUUAUAGGCACAAAACUAUUUCUUGGAAAUCUCGGGUUAGGAACCUGCAAUGAUGUACAUCAAAUGAGUGGCUAAGUAGCAUACGAACACAGUUUAAAGGCAUAAAUAUUUGCUAAGAGUCCUGUUUGCUGGCAGUUGAACAUUAGCAAAACAAUAUAUAGCCAUUACACUAUUGGGUAGUGCAUUAAUUGCUUCAGGCAGAUCAUCUUAGCCGAGCAUUACUUUUAUAGUAUUUAUCGUUUGCAUUUGGCAGUGCCCGAACUGUGCUAAGUUAAGUAGAGCGUCAAAAAAGGGGCAUUGGUCCUUGCCCCAAACAGCUUACAAGGUGAAAUUCAAUAGCAAACAGUGAAAUGAGAAUUCUUACAGAAUUUUGUUCUUUGUGUGAACGGUUUUGGUUUGGAUAGAACUAACUUUUAAAUUCAUCUCCUGUUGCUGAUGCAGACCAUUUUAAUGGGCAGAAUUUGUGCAAAUAUUUAUAAUUGUCAUUUUUCAAAUAAAUAUGUAUUAGCAUAGAACCCUGAUAAUAAUUUGUUUUGUAAAACAAACAAACUGAACACUGGAGAAAAAUUCCCUAAUUAUGGUAUCAGUUUUACUACAGUCAAGGUCAUGUCACAUUCUGCAGUGUUUAUUAACCUCAAACAGGAUCUGACCCAGCUGACCCUCCACUUCAUGGAGUUUCACAAGAGCUUUGGCUUUACUUCAGUUUUUUCAUUGCCUCUGGAGUUCUAUAAUGAAUUGUACGCUAUCAACAAGACUGCAUAAGAUCAGAUUUACUAAAACAGUAGGUUUUAUUGUUGUGUAGUGCUGACAAAUUGUUCAAGCAGCACUAUUCUUAAACAAUAUUGAAAAGCAGUUUCUUGAUUUUCCCUUAGCAUGAAUUGUUCCAUUAUUUAAUGUUAUAGUCGAAAACAGUAUCUGACUGGCCAUUUGAUUGUCUCUUGCCAUCUGGUAUUGAUCCCUAGCGACUCUGUAGUGAUAUUCUCAACACACACACACACAAAGCUUGUCUAAAGUAAAAUUAAGGCAAUACACACAAGCAGAUGUGCAUAAUGUAAGUCUAAAAUUUAAAGAGCAUUUAUUGGCUAAUAAAUUACUGAGUAGUUGAAAUUAUUUAGCUUCAACCACUUGCCUCCCAGAGUUCAGGUGUACAUUAACAGAUCAGCCUGUACAAUGGAGGAAAACUCAUUGAGAACAAACCAUUCUUUGAGAGCUGGAAAAUAAAAGGGAAGGGUGACUGUCUGAUAUCUUCCAAGAUUGGAAGGUACAGUUUAGCACCUGUUAGUCCUGUUCUCUGUAGACUCAUUCAGGACAUUAACAAGGCUCAAGCCUGAGGCAGACAAACAGACACACAAACCAGAUGUAGACAAAUCUAGACAGAGUUAAAAUGAUUAUUUUUUUAGUUCUCAUGGAAAAUCUAAGGUAAUUAUAUGGCUUCCAUUACCAGAGUACCUGAAUGUCUCACAAUCUUUGAUGGAUUUAUACUCACAACACCCCUGUGAGGUAUUAUCCCAAUUCACAGGCAGAGACUAAGGCUAUGUCUACACUUACCGAGGAUAGACACUGCUGCGAUCGAUGUUUUAGCAGGUCUACUGAAGACCUGCUAAAUUGCCCACAGAGUACUCUCCAGUCAACUCUGGUACUCCACUGGAACGAGAAAAGAAUGAGAAUUUUUUUUUUUAAUAUUAGAAAUGCAGGCAUUGUCUGCCCUGGAACUCCAUGGAGUGCUGGAGAACUAGUGGAAUUAGGAUAUGACAAGAGCUUAUAAAAUGAAUAAUUGGGAAGGGGCCUGUUUUGAAGUUUGGCAUUUGUUGACAUCUGUUUAACUCCAAAUUUAGUGUUAAAUAUUUAACAGCCCUAGCCCCUUCAGUUAUGAGGUGAGAGAGCCUAAUAUCCAGAGGCCCUUUCCCCCAAACAAGCUCCAGCAAAACCAGGGGAGAUCCGACUUGAUAUUCCUGAUAUAAAAAAUUAAAAUAUUUUAAGGCAAUCUUUGAAGCUUCCUUUAUAUAUUAUAGGGAACAAAGGGUGCAAGCCAUUUUAUUUAAAAAAGCCUUUGCAAGUCCCCUUUAAAACACUGCAGCUCAGUCAAGUUAUUUCCAGCAUUAGACUACACACACUCAGCUAUCAAAGGACAAAAUCCUACAGCUCUCGCAAUGACGGAAAGCUGUGUCCAGUGGACCAUAAACAAGUGUUGUGGUAUUGUGGGAAGAGACCCAUCCACCCCCUUUUACCUGGCGAAUUAUUGCUUUAAUGACCAUGGCCCCUGGAAACCCCAACCCCACCCAAAAUUGCAAAAGUGUAUACAUAUAUAAUGCCAGUUCUGACAAUUGAUGAUGCAAAACAACACCUCCCUUUUCUGUUUUAAAAAACCCAAGUCCCCAGAGAAAAACUAUGUAUGAGAGUUAAGGUUAGAAAAGUGUGUAUUUCUCCCCUUGGUUACAUCUGUUUGAUGCACCCAAACAUGUAUUUAUGCAGGGAUACUUAGACAAGAAUCAAUUCCAUAAUUAAUAAUUACACCCCAAAAAGCCAAUCUCCUUACAGUAAAUUAUCAGACAGCAGCAAUUUCAGUCUGCUCCUGAGUAGGUGAAGGUCAGUGUCAUUUUUCUGCAAUAGAACAAGAGGCCAUGAGACGUUGCUUCUUUUCUUGCUUUAAGUAGGAAAUUCUGCCCUUUGAUUCUCAGAUUCAUUUGAUGUUCUCAGGUGGUAUGCAUUCCUCUGAGGACAUAGUGGGUGCGAUUUUGGGCAUCUAAAGUUGCAAGAACAUGGUUGUGUAAAAAUUGUGCAUUGAAAAACAUGGGCAUGCAAACUUGUAUUUGCAAUUCAAAGACAAUUUUUGAUUUUUUUUUUUUAAGAUAAGGCUAUAAAGGCCAGUUUUCUUUUUAAAGUGUGUUGAUGCCUAAAACUGAAAUAGGAGUGUAGUGGAAUUUUCAAAAGAGCUUAACAGCCUGACUCCCGCUGAAAAUUCCACUAGGUACCUAUCUGCAUUUAAAAGUUUGGACCUAAGAGUACAGUACAAAAUGACUUGUGUUAGGAAAGGUUUUGCACUAACAGAAAGUGAUUCUAUUAAAAGACAUUGCGCAUCUUAAGAUGAAAAGCAGAGCUCAGAAGACAAGGGUGUCUGGUAUUUUGUAUUAUUCAUUUCCAGCCCAUUUUUAUUUCAACUCCUUGUGUAUAAAUAAGCAUUUUUUACUAAGUAAAUGAAUAUUUUAAAAAAUUGGAAAGAUAAUUUUAAAUAUGGGAGGCAGUUCAUACUUGAUAAAAUAAUAUUUGUUGCUUUAACAGCAAGGACUGAUACACAGAGGAGAAUAAUGCUGACAAAACAUCCGUUGUUUAAGACCCCCCUUCCUAGAGGAUUGAUCAUCAUAACUGCUCAGUAAAAUUGUAAGUGGAAUAGAGUGAAAAUCCCAAAUUGAAUGACAAAUGUGCCAAUUCAAAGCCCUGUAUGGCUCGUGAUUACACCAGUGUAAAAACCAAGUAUAACUCCAGCAACUGAGAUCAGACUCUGGCCCACUUGCCAUAUUUUAUAGGUGAGGUGGAGCAAAGUUGUGAAUUAAGCCUAUAAUGAAGAAAAGGUGGAUUACUUAUUUGUAAUAUUUGAAGAAGAGGAAGAUUGUUAUUUUGUAAAUCUACAUUGAUAAAUACUGAGACUUUUGAGAUCCUAAUUGUGCUCAGUGCUUUUUCCCUCUUUUGUAAUAGUGUCUCCACUUCAGCACUGAUGGUUAGAAAAUCCAGUGGCCCAGGGAUCCACAGCAUUCGAGAAAGUCUGGCUUACAUAUUUGGUUGGGGGCAAAAAGCUCUAAUUCAUAUUGAAUUCACUCACUGCAUUCCAAAAUUACUUAAAGGUUUGGAGAACUCCAAUAUUACAAAGUAGUCUUCAUUUACUACGACAGAUCGCUUGCUAAUUGUCAAUGUUUCCAUGAAAAGAUGCAAGCCUCACAUUUCUAUCUCUGGUAACAAUUUUGCAUUUAAGCUUUCUUAUGAUAUUGACCAGAUAGUUUGGAAUGUGGAGACAAGGGAGCAAGUUUGCAUACUAUAGUGAUUUUUAAUAUUUUACAUUCAUCUAUUUAUGAAUUUAUAAUUCAAAUAAGUUUAUUUUUAAAAAGAUGAAACCUGCUUUUUUGAGGUAGAUUCCUAUGGUGGAUACAUGGUACUGUGUAUCAAACAGAUUUCAUUAAAAUAUGCAUUUGGGAA